ACAGCACUCAUACACACACUGCCGUACCAGGAAGUUGACUCACAAACGGCCGCUUGUCUGUUCAGAUCUGUCCUGUACUUUACGACGCGGCUUCAAAAACAACCUCUCGGCGUCGAUUUGUUGACCUUUUGAAGCGGGGAUCGGACGUAAAAUGGAUCGAAAGUGCGCACAAUGGGAUUAACGAGGCGCUCCCCGUCCAACAGUAACUAUGCGGCGGUAUCUCGUCCUGAUUUUCCUCCACGCUUCUCUCGGUUUGCGGAUCGUCCCCGGGUCGUCCUCUGACUGUUCUCAACAGGGUUUGGGAUGUAAAGUCCACAUAAAUAACUGCAUUGGCAGACGUCUGUCCGAUAGGACCGAGUACAUCCCCGCGGCCCCAGAGGGACUCGACGCCCGCUGGGAGACGCGAGAGGACGAGAAGGGGAACGUGUUCCCGGUCGUCCACGCGAGGUGGAACAUGGUGGACGACGGGAGCAUACGUUUCCUGAACGGAACGGAGCUCCACGUCCUGGUGAGGGACACCAACAAGGACCUCUGCGUUCGAUACUCCUUCUCCCAGCGGUUAACCUCCAGGAACCCAGACGGAGAGAAGUGGUCUUUCUCAGUCUCUACGGUCAUGGUGGACCCCGGCCAGACGUAUCUGGUCUCGGUCUUCAACAUCCCCAAACCGGAGCCCUUUCACAGCAGUUACAACGUCCACAAGGAGAUCACUGUCCCAGGUUGCCAAGAUCCCGUAUUAAAGAAGAGCAAGUUCUGUGUUGAGCGCGGAAGCCUUUGGAGCCCCAACGUGACCGAGGUGUUUGACGCCCACACGCUGUCUGUGGGCUUCUGCACUGACAGACUGGCCGAGCGAUACAUGGUGAUCGCCGAGUGUGAAGGGAGGUAUCAACGAAAGUUCGCCUACAUGAACAAAAUGGCGUCGUUGAAUGUGACGUUUAUUAUGAAGGACUGGCCGUUGAGCUGCUGUCAGAUGACUGUAGAGAUCCAGCCCUUCUUCCCAGAAUGUUGGAACGACUGCGGCAGGCGAAGAAAGAACUUCUCUAUCUGUGGAGUGACACCCACCUCUUCCCCUGUGCUGUUUGCUCCCUACUCAUGGAUUGGAUUCGGGUUGAUCUUCCUGUGUGUGGUGAUAGCAUGCAUAUGGCAAUAUGUAAUCCGAAAGCCUAAAAAAUUCGAUCCCAGCGACGUCCAUCUCACCUCCCGACCGAUCGAAGAGGAGCGACUCCGGCUGGACUUGCAGCCCCCCAAGCUGCUGGUCAUCUACUCCCAGGACCACCCGCUGUACCGCUCCGUGAUCCUGAACCUCUGCGCCUUCCUCAAGUCCAAGUGCGGCACGGACGUGCUGGUGGACCUGCUGGACGCCACCAUGGUGGGCACGGUGGGCACCACGCGCUGGCUGGAGUGGCAGCGGCGGCAGCUGCGGCACCCCCUGGACAAGAUCCUGAUCCUGUGCUCGCGGGGGGUGCAGGCCAAGUGGAGGGCCAUGUGUGGCGAGGAGCGGGUGCUGCUGCGGGAGGACGUGCUCUCGCCCAACGACGACAUGCUGGUGCCCUUCCUCAACCUCUUCCUGCCCAACAUGCACCAGCCCGCCGCGCUGGGGAAGUACAUCGUGGCGUACUUUGAGGACGUCAGCGACGAGCGCGACGUGCCGUCCGUCUUCGACAUCGCCGUCAAGUACCGGCUGAUGAAGCACUUCGAGGAGCUGUACUUCCGCGUCCUGGAGAUGGAGAUGUACCAGCCGGGCCGCGUCAACCACAUCGAGGGCAUUGGCAAGGAGGAGUACUUCACCUGUCCGUCGGGCCGGGCCCUGAGGGACGCCAUCCGGACCUUCAAGGCCUUCCAGACGGAGAACCCGGAUUGGUUUGAGGCGCAAUGCGUCGCCAGCGAGGAGGACGCGGUGGCUCGGCAGAACCUGCUCAACCGGCUCCCGGACAUCCCUCCGGUCCUGGAGUGCGUCCCUCUGAUCCGCGACGGGACCCCCGUCUACAUCAACGAGGCGUUGGUGCAGAGCGCCACCUCGGUGUACGUGCUGACGCCCGAGCUGAACAACCACGAAGGCGGCCGCCCCUCCGUGGCGGCGGCGGAGCCGAGGGUCAACCCCCCGUCCCUGGAUCCGUACCGGGUGAACGCGCCGCUGGUCAAUCGGCCCCAUGGCGUCGUGAGGCAGCAGUGUCCGCACGGCCGCGACACAGAGGAGGGCCGCAUGCUCCUGGCCGUGCCGUCGCUCAACCAGCCGCCGCUACCGGUCUGUCGGCAGUGGCUCAGCGUCCGGCAAGACACCGCUGGUCGCAGCCCUGUUGAGGACGAUGAGGAAGAGGACGAGGAGGAGGAGCAGGAGGACGAGGAGUACGAGGAGCAGGAGGAGGGAACCCUGGUCUCAUGCCCCGGCCCUGGGACAGGUCAAGGUCCAACAGAACCUCAGUACCCGUCCCGCUCAGACAUUGAGAACCUGCGGCAGCUUCAGCUGCUGCUUGGGGGGUCCCAUCCCGUCGAGGUAGGGGAGAAUGAGCUUCUUUUGGGGCCCUCUGCCAAGGGCCCCAGCACGGGCUCCGAUCAGGGCUACAUCUCCAAGGAGCCUUCCCGGCGGAGCCAGCCAGAACCAGAGACUGAUCCGCUGGUAGCUCUGGCAAGGCUGCAGCAGGAGCUGUUUCAGACUGCGCUCACAUAGAUAAUAAUGAUAAAAGGACUGCUUUUAUAUUGCGCUUUUAUCCAAAGUGCUUUACAAUAUUACCUGACAUUCACCCGUUCAUGUACACAUUCACACACCGACGGCGGAGUCAACCAGGCAAGGAGACAGCCAGCUCGUCAGGAAGAGUCAGAGUGACGCGUCUCGCUCAGUGACGCCUCGACACUGAGCAAGGAGGGCCCGGUAUCGAACUAGCAACCUUGCGGUUACCAGCCGACCCGCUCUACCUCCUGAGCUACUGCUGCCCAGAUAUUAAACACUUGUAUUAUUGACCCACCCCCCCCCCCCCCCCCCUCUAUAUUUCUGGCGGAUCUUGGCCGCAGGAAAUAAAAAGCACUCAAUUCAACGGGGUGCUAUCUCUCGAGAUUUAUUGACGUUUUUUUCAACCACAUAAAUACUCUGUUGUACAAUCUACAGUACAUACAAUUGGUCAUAUCAAUAUUGAUAACACACAUUGUACAGGUAGAAUGUCUGCUUUCUGUGAACCCCCUCUGAUAAUGAGUCAUUGACCUGGAAGUGAUUUAGGGUCAAAUGAGAGCUAAGAGUGUAUCUUAAAAUAGCGACAACUCCGCAUGCACCAUUUUGUGGUUUGUUGUGAAAUUUUGAAACCCAACCUGUGUGAACUUAUUCAGCCUUUCUUUAUUUAUCCUCUUUUGCUAAGCCGAGUGGGUAAUGACCCAAUAAGUACGAACCGUACGCCUUUUGAAACAAUUGUCGUGAUUUAAAUGUAUGGUUGAUCUAGCGCAGCGCAGGUCUGCUACGGUUUAAAAACUGCAGUCGGGAAAGAAAACUGUUGAAAAGCAGAGAUUUAAAAAUGGCAUAGCAUGCUGCCGACACUUAUGAUGCUAUCAAUAAGACAUGGUUUAAAGAAGGGUCAAACUUUCUUGAGUCACCAAGCACUUAACUCUCGCCUCUAGAAACAGCGCCAUCUCUGCUUAACCAUUGCUAAUUCAAUUUCAUUGUUAUAUCUUGUAAUGGAGGGGAUUUCGCCGGGGAAUACAGAAUACAAAAUACAAACGACUGAGACACCAAGUGUCUGAGUACCUGUUGUGUUUGAUACCGUCUCUUGCACUGUUCAUGAGAUUUGGUUUGAGUAUUUGGUAACUCUUUAACAACUUUGGCAUGUGACCGGUGACAAGAAAAACACAAAAAGACAACUCUCAGUGUGGUCAUCUUGCUAUAUCAAGUCAAGUCCAGAACCGAUUGUGAACUAACACCAUACAGAAUGUGACUAAUAACACACAGCGGUAUAAGUAUCUAACGUGAUUCAGAAGGCAGAAGCAGGGGGUGUAGUUCAUGAUUCCUCAACUGUUGGUCAAUGCUAAAUUAUGCAAUUAACCCAGUUAAAGUUUCAUAAAACUUUCUGUGACUGAAUAGAACGGUAAUAAUAAAGAAAUAGAUCCAUCGAUUGCACAAUA